GCGCGCACUACUCUUGGCUCCACCCGGCCACCGUUGCUCUCUAGAACGCGCGCCGGUGACCCGGAAGAGCAUUCUCCUUAGCAACUGCGGGUCCGCGGCGGCGCCGGCCUCCGGGGAGCAACGCUCGUGACAGCUGAGCUGCUCAAGACAAGAAGAACUCUGAGCUGAACAGUGGAGGUUCUACUGGGUUUGGAGAGAAGAGGCAACUUUGGGACUAGUAAUGAGCCAUUCUGACUGCAAGCUGAACUUCCGGCCCCCAGGCACCCCUAGAGGUGUGUCCUCUGUGGCUGGCCCACAUGGUAUUGGUGCUUCGCCAGGUGACAAAAAGUCAAAGAACAAGUCCAUGCGAGGGAAACGAAAGAACAUAUUUGAAAGCUACAUGCCCAAGGCGGAUGUUUCGGAAGGCCUGAAGAGAGGAACGCUUAUCCAGGGUAUAUUAAGAAUUAAUCCAAAGAAGUUUCAUGAAGCCUUCAUUCCUUCCCCGGAUGGUGAUCGAGACAUUUUUAUUGAUGGGGUUGUUGCUCGCAAUAGAGCCUUAAAUGGGGACCUUGUGGUUGUGAAGCUGCUUCCUGAAGACCAGUGGAAGGUAAUUAAACCAGAGAGCAAUGACAGAGAAACAGAGACUGCCUAUGAAUCUGAUCUCCCCGAGGAGCUCUCUGGUCACCACCUACCACAGCAGCCCCUGAAAAGCUGCAGUGACAGUCCAGAUGUCAUUAUAGAGGCUCAGUUUGAAGACAGUGACUCCGAAGAUAGACAUAGCAACACAGAGAAAAUGCUUGUGGAUGGUGUUAAGAAGUUGUCACUUCAUGCUCCUGAUAAAGGAAAAGAGGAUUCUAGUGCACCUGUUACAAAAGACAAGAAUACCUCCAAAUCACAGGACACACGAGCUCUCUCAGAGAAGUCACUUCAGAAAUCAGCAAAGGUGGUUUACAUCUUGGAGAAAAAACAUUCCCGAGCAGCAGCUGGCAUCCUCAAACUCUUGGCUGAUAAGAAUAGUGAACUGUUUAGGAAAUAUGCCCUGUUUUCUCCUUCAGACCACCGAGUGCCUAGGAUUUAUGUGCCACUCAAGGACUGUCCCCAGGACUUCAUGACCCGGCCUAAAGAUUAUGCCAGCACAUUGUUCAUCUGCCGCAUCAUAGACUGGAAGGAGGACAGCAAUUUUGCCCUGGGGCAACUGGCUAAGAGUCUUGGAGAAGCUGGUGAAAUUGAACCUGAAACAGAAGGGAUCUUAACAGAGUAUGGUGUAGACUUCUCUGACUUCUCUCCUGAAGUUCUUGAAUGUCUCCCUCAAAACCUACCCUGGACAAUUCCCCCUGAGGAGUUUAGCAAGAGAAAAGAUCUAAGAAAAGACUGUAUCUUCACCAUUGACCCAUCAACUGCUCGAGACCUCGAUGAUGCACUCUCCUGCAAGCCACUCACUGAUGGCACCUUUGAGGUGGGUGUCCACAUCGCUGAUGUGAGUUACUUCGUUCCCGAGGGAUCCCAUCUGGAUAAGGUGGCUGCUGCAAGAGCCACGAGUGUCUACUUGGUUCAGAAGGUGGUCCCCAUGCUUCCCAGACUGCUGUGUGAGGAGCUGUGCAGUCUUAACCCCAUGACUGACAAGCUGACCUUCUCUGUGAUCUGGACGCUGACCCAUGAGGGCAAGAUUCUUCAGGAGUGGUUUGGACGCACCAUCAUCUGCUCCUGCACCAAACUGAGCUACGAACAUGCACAGAGUAUGAUUGAAAGCCCAUCCAGGAAGAUCCCUAAGGAGGAGCUUCCCCCCAUUACCCCAGAGCACAGCAGCGAGGAGGUGCACCAGGCUGUGCUAAAUUUGCACAGCAUUGCAAAACAGCUUCGCCGGCAACGUUUUGUGGAUGGCGCUCUCCGGCUGGAUCAGCUGAAGCUUGCUUUCACUCUGGACCAUGAGACUGGAUUACCUCAAGGAUGUCAUAUCUAUGAGUACCGAGACAGCAACAAGCUCGUGGAGGAGUUCAUGCUCUUGGCCAACAUGGCAGUGGCCCACAAGGUCUUCCACACCUUCCCUGAGCAGGCCCUGCUGCGCCGGCACCCACCACCUCAGACAAAGAUGCUCAGUGACCUGGUGGAGUUUUGCAACCAAAUGGGGCUGCCCAUGGACGUGAGCUCUGCAGGAGCCCUCAAUAAAAGUCUGACCAAAACAUUUGGAGAUGACAAAUACUCCCUGGCCCGGAAGGAGGUGCUCACCAACAUGUACUCUCGGCCCAUGCAGAUGGCACUGUACUUCUGCUCGGGAAUGCUGCAGGACCAGGAACAGUUCCGGCACUAUGCCCUCAACGUGCCUCUCUACACCCACUUCACCUCUCCCAUCCGCCGCUUCGCUGACAUCAUGGUGCACCGCCUCCUGGCUGCUGCGCUGGGCUACACCGAGCAGCCGGAUGUGGAGCCCAGUACUCUGCAGAAGCAGGCCGACCACUGCAAUGACCGCCGGAUGGCCUCUAAGCGUGUGCAGGAGCUGAGCACCAGCCUCUUCUUUGCCAUCCUCGUCAAGGAGAGUGGGCCCCUGGAGUCAGAAGCCAUGGUGAUGGGUGUCCUGAACCAAGCCUUUGACGUUCUGGUGCUGCGCUAUGGGGUACAGAAGCGCAUCUACUGCAAUGCACUGGCCCUGCGAUCCUACCACUUCCAGAAGGUAGGGAAGAAGCCAGAACUCAUUCUUGUCUGGGAGCCUGAGGACCCUGAGCAGGAGCCGACACAGCAGGUCAUCACCAUCUUCAGCUUGGUGGAGGUGGUCCUACAGGCAGAGGUGGAGGCAGCAGCCCUCAAGUACAGCGCUAUCCUGAAGAGGCCUGGCCACGAGCAUUGCCUGGGCCUAGAGGAGGGAGAGUCAGAUGAGGAGCCAGAAGACUGAGUAACAACUGAGCCAGGCCUCACGCCCUAACCUGCUGGCUUUUAGGAAGGACCUUUUGACAUCAAACGGGAUUUUAAAUUCAGUUUUUAACAACUCAGGGGUUUAUUUUUAUUUUUUAUUUUUUGCAGCUGUUUUUAAAUGAACUUGAGGGGAUAGGGUGAGACUUGGUGGAAGGCUGAGGCCUGGCCAGUGCUUCCUCGAGCAGAGAGAGUCCUGGGCAGCUAGCCCCACUUCUUUCAAGCCACCAGUGUCCUCCUCAGCCCAGGAAGUGGAAGGUUUCAGCAAAUCAGUGUCAUGGAAUAAAAUCAAGUGUGCAGUGC